AUGACAGAACAGAAACGACCAGCAUUUGGCUCACGUCAUCUAUCCGAUGAACAAGAUGUAUUUUCUCAUAAUGCUUGGGAUGAUGUUGAAUGGACUGACGAACAAAGUGAAGAAGCAAAUACUAUUAUAGAAAAACAAUAUGAAAAUCGAAUGUCUGAUACUAAAUGGGAAACUCUUAAUUCUGAUUUACCAUCAGCAUGGAAUCGUUUUUAUAAUAUACAUGAAAAUAAAUUUUUUAAAGAUCGUCAAUGGUUAUUUACUGAAUAUCCUGAAUUAUUAUUUUCAUCAUCAAAUAGAAAUUCAAAACAAUUAUUAACAAUAUUAGAAGUUGGUUGUGGUGUUGGUAAUUCAAUAUUUCCAAUAAUACGUACAAAUAAUAUUAAUGAAAAUUCAAAUAUAUUUCUUUAUUGUUGUGAUUAUUCAUCAACAGCUAUUGAUAUAUUAAAACAAAAUAUUGAUUAUAAUACAAAAUAUUGUCAUGCAUUUGUAUAUGAUAUAACAAGUUUAAAUCCAAUGCCAUUUGAAGAAAAUUCACUUGAUUUUAUAUUAAUGAUAUUUGUAUUAAGUGCAAUACAUCCAUCACAACAUGAACAAGUUAUAAAAAAUCUUAUUAAAUAUCUUAAACCUGGUCAUGGUAAAUUAUUAUUUCGUGAUUAUGGUUUAUAUGAUAUGGCACAAUUAAGAUUUAAAAAUGAUAAAUGUAUUGAAAAAAAUCUUUAUGCAAGAUCUGAUGGAACAUUAACAUAUUUUUUUCAACAAGAUGAACUUGAUCAACUUUUUACUCGAAAUGGUCUUGUAAAAGAACAAAAUCUAAUUGAUCGAAGAUUACAAGUUAAUCGUUCAAAACAAUUAAAAAUGUAUCGAAUUUGGUUACAAUGCAAAUAUAUUAAAGCAUAA